AUGAAGACCUGCGUUAUUACAUUCGUCACAGGCAAUUCUAACAAAGUAGUGGAAGUCAAUGCAAUAUUGGGAGAGUCGCUUACCAUACAGGCUUGUGCGCUAGACAUUCCGGAGAUACAGGGAGCUGUGAAGGAGAUUGCGAGAGACAAGUGUAGACGUGCUGCCGAGAUUGUCAAUGGGCCAGUUAUUGUUGAAGAUUGUUCGUUGGAAUUAAGUGCUUUGAAUGGACUUCCUGGUCCAUAUAUAAAAUCUUUCCUGGCAUUGGGUAGUGAUGGCUUGAACAAGUUGCUUUAUGCCUAUGCGGAUAAAGGUGCAGAAGCCGUGUGUACCCUUGCCUUCUCUGUUGGUCCAGGAGCAGAGCCAUUGAUUUUUCAAGGAAGACUUAAAGGCAAUAUCGUUCCUGCUAGGGGCCCGUCUAAUUUCGGCUGGCAACCGAUAUUUGAGCACAAUGGGGAAACUCUCGCAGAAAUGGGGGAUGAGAAAAGAAACAACAUUUCAGAUCGAUAUCAAGCAUGGGCCAUGUUUCGAGAUUGGUUCAGUGCAGGAGGGAUUUACCCAAAAGAAACCUGA